UGUUUGAGGCUUUAGCGAAAGUUUAGCGAGUUUCAUGAAGCUUUAGCCGGGCAUCAAAAUUUGCUUUGAGUCCCACUAUUUACCGCAACUUGUAAUUAAUUGAUGUAUCAUUAUCACAGUAUGGCCUGACAUAGUGUAUGCACAUCAUUGCUGAGCGCUGCGCUCUCACAGCUUUCGGCAUAAUAUCAGUCACUUGCUCCGAAUCCUUUUUCGUCCUCCGGACAUAUGCGCUCUGGAACAACGAUAGAUAUGUGCUUGCAGUCAUGUUGACUGGCUUUCUUGCUGUCCUCGUAGCAUCCAUCAUUACUUCCUUUUCCGCUAAUGCCACCACCCCAUUUCCGACAAGCACGAUCCUGAACAUCACAGGUUGCUCGAGCAGUGCCGACCUCUUCAUCCCGUGUAUUAUAUUGUUUGCGUUUGAACUUGGACUCCUCUCCCUUACGCUCAUACGUGCCAUACAGAGCUGGCGGUCGGUCAACGGCCCUAUAUACGCCAUCCUGGUGAAGCAUAAUAUAUUCUACUAUGCAUGCGGUCUGUUUUUCUCGGCCUUGGACGUCCUUACGUUGCUGCUCCUCGAUUACCAGUACCAUGUCAUGUUUCGAGAUUUCCAGUUUAUCAUCUUGGCGAUUCUUGCCUUGCGCAUGCAUCUCCAGCUCUGGCAGAUCAACGAGCAUGCACACGGCCCUGACACCCUCAUGUCAGAUUUCAUGUGUAUUCCUCUGACCGACAUCACAUCUGCGGUCGGUACGACGUAAUGCCUUGUCACAUUAUUCGGUGUCAUUUAUCAAGUGAAAUUUCAACUGCGAGGUGGCAGCGAAGAUGAGCUUGGUCAGAUCCCGGAGUCGGUAUACACAAACUUCAGGAGGAAUGUUCUGCCGUGAGAGUUGGUGGGAGGUGCGUUUGGAUAGAGAUGGUCAGUUUAACAUAGAUACAGUGAUCUAGCUCCCGAUGUGAGCGGCGGUCGCUGAGUGGAUGACGGUCAGGAUUUGAGUGUGCUGUAAUCAUAAGCACGAAACUCGAGGGAGAAGGCUAUGUAUCUGAUGGCUUCGUUGGCAUUAACUACGCCCAGGUCCAACAGCAUCCCAGCCGACAAUGCAUUCACUGUUUGAAUAAGUGUGACGCUCAACAAGGGACGAAGAAAUUCUCUGAUGCA